AAGUAGAAGACAAGCAGAGCCCAGCAAACAGCACAGAGAAGCAUGAGAAUAGAACCAGAAAAAAAGGUAAAAUCGCUUCAAAAUCAAUCCAUUUUUCUCUUUUCUUCCCCUUCCUCUCUCUCCGCCUCUGCAUUCAAAUCUGGGAAUGGAACAGAAAGAUUGAAUAAAUUAAAGUUUAUUAACGUUGAUGCUUUUCUCUCAUUCAACUCAAAUUCUGUCCCCUUCAAUUCCAUUCCCUUUACUUUUCUCUUCUAAAACCCUUUAAUCGCCUCUAUUUGUUUGUUCUUUCUUCCUCCUCUUCUACUUUCUUUGUUGCAUUCUCAUCCUUGUCUUAGAAUCAUGCCUGUUGUUACACGAGCUUCUACAAUGGAUGAACACAUCAAAUUGAGAAGACCCAGAAGCCAUUUGAGGCAACCCAUUUCAGAAUCAGAUCCAAACCCAUCAAUCCCUUCCAUUGUUCAAUCCACUCGCUGCAAAUCCACCAUUUCCUCUCUUCUCCUCUCCACCUUUACCAAUAAUGCCACUAAUGGCACCAAUGAAUCUUUGCCCUCUUCCGUUCCCACGAAUAGGAAGAAGACCCACUUCUCUUCUGCAACUUUCAGGGGACUUGGCUGCACUUCCGCCGCUUCUCAGCAGGUUACGGUUCCGGCUGUAAUUCGGACUUCAGCGGAUUGGCAGAAGAAGAACACAAGGAAAAAGAAGCAGAAGAACUCUAAGAACAAAACCCAUCAAGGAAUUGUUGAUGGGUCUCAUUUUCAACAUAAUUCCCCUUUUAAUUCUGCUAGCUGUUUAGACGCUCAAGAUGUUUGGUGUGGCCCUGGAAUUGGAUUCUCCGCCGAUGCUGCCGCUUCUGUGGAUUGCGUUGUUGCUAGAAGACAUGCUUCUGGAAGGGGCAAAGUCGAUUUGGAGAAGAUGAGUCAAAGGGAGCGUUCUUAUUUAGGAAGACGAACAGUGAACCCCGAGGCUCUCUUACUUUUGGAGUCUGAUUCUGAUCUUCCAACAGCUCGAUCGUUGGAAGUGUCUCGGAGUCGAUAUUAUCGCCAUGUUCGACACCCAUCCCCUGAGGGGCUUGCUGAGCAGAUUAUGAUGUUCCAGAGCAGUUUGCUGAUGGGUGGAAGGUUCGAUAUACGUGAUCAAUUUAGGGAAUUACGACUCGACGUUGAUGACAUGUCAUAUGAGGAACUGCUCGAACUCGGUGAAAGGAUUGGCCAUGUGAGCACCGGGCUGAAAGAAGACGAGAUUGGAAGAUGCAUUCGAAAGACGAAGCCCCUUGUUGUAAAUGAGCUAUCAUCUUAUUUAUUAUCUCAAAUGGAUCGGAAGUGCAGCAUCUGUCAGGAGGACUAUGAACCAGACGAUGAAAUGGGUAGGCUGGGCUGUGGGCACAGCUAUCACAUACACUGUAUAAAACAGUGGCUUGCACAGAAGAAUACAUGCCCAGUCUGUAAGACUGCAGCGGUAGGCCGAGGCUGAACGGUUAGUCCAUCACGUCUAGCGUUUCUUCGACUCUGCUUGCUUGCUUUCUCCCCUAUGUGGUGUACAGAUUUCAUUGCCUUUUUACAUCACCAAAAGCAUUCUUUCAUUUGUGUGAAACUCCUUUCUUGAUUGCAUAGCUGUAAGACAUCAAAUUACAAUGGCUUUCUUGUUGUAAUCUGUUUUCAUUAUGGCAUAGCUCUGCCUCUGAUGAUUGAGUUCA